ACAUGACAGUCGCAGGGUGCAUGCAGCAGGGAAGUGAAGAGAGGAAGACAAGCCUCUAAACUUUUGGAAUGAACCGAGUUAUUUUACAAAAAUGCAAACCAUCAUAAGUUAACGGAGGAAGGAACUUGGAGGUCUUCUUGGAUUGCUCCAGGUUCCCCCUGCCAUGGCCAAGUCCAAGAAAGGUAUGGACAGCCCUGCGGACCCUCCAAGAAGAGGCAGGAAGCCCAAAUCCCUUAGUGCUGCUCCAAAAAUUGGUAAACAACAGAGUGCUCUAGGCAGCACGAAGAGCACAGGGACUGGCUUUCAGCUACUCUCUGGCCAGACAUCCCUCAAGCUACCAGCUGAAAACAUCAUCUCGGGAAACCAUGGCUCCAUCCACGAAGAUGAACAAGAUGCUCCAGAAACACAGAGUUCUGAAUCUGGUAAUGCUGCCAAGAGCAUCACCACUUUGUCCUUACCUGCAGCCAGACAGGAAGGGGAUGCCCAGAGAGGGCCGGAGGAGUUUAAAGCUGUGAAUCCUGCUCCACCACGUUUGGCUUGGAAAACCAUGGUUAGACCCGCACCAGCUCCAUCUGCUCUGAAGGGGACGUUUAUGGAAUGUCAGCCAGAUGGGAACAUCUCUCACCGCUUUCACCGGAGCUGUGCCUCUCUGAUCAGAGGUCAGGUCUACUGCCCCCACUGCGGCGAGGAGGCUAGUCAUGCUAAGGAGGUCACGAUCCCCAAACCUGACUGUGUUACUGCAGUGCCAACAGCUGCUGUGCCCGCGCACAAAAGAGACACCGCCUUAAUGGACAGGGCUAAAGUAGACUCUGUAACUGUUGGGGGAGCAAUAGACCCUGCUAAAGAAUCACUGGAAAGCGUUUUAAAUGCACUCGAGGAUGGGAAGUAUAAGAAAUUCAAGCUGCCCCCAAAGCAGCUUUAUUUCUCUGCUAAGAGAGGAGAGCUCCAGAGGAUCCUGCAUAUGCUGGUGGAAGGUGUGGACCCAAACUUGCGGAUGUACAGUGAGAAGAGGAAGACUCCCUUGCAUUGUGCUGCUGAGGAGGGACAUAAAGAGAUCUGCCAUAUACUAGUGCAGGCUGGUGCGAACCUGGACAUGUGUGAUGCGGAGCAGAGAACUCCUCUGAUUUAUGCCUGUGAGAACAAUCAUCUAGAAACAGUGAAAUACUUGCUGAAAGCUGGUGCUUCUACUGGGCAUAAGGAUAUGAGAGGCUCUACAUGUCUUCACUUGGCAGCCAGAGGAGGACACACAGGUGUGCUGCAGUAUCUUGUCUCCAUGCCAUCCAUAGACGUCAACUGUAAGGAUGAUGGUGGGUGGGCUCCUCUUACCUGGGCAACUGAGAACAUGAAUCUAGAGCAGAUGAAGAUGCUGAUCUCAGUGGGAGCUGAUGUCCAAAUAAGAGAUAAGGAGGAGAAUGUCUGCCUCCACUGGGCAGCGUUCUCUGGCUGUGAUGAGAUCGCUCAGCUGCUGCUUGACAAGAGAUCUGACCUACACGCUGUGAACAUCCAUGGAGACUCACCUCUCCACAUUGCUGUCAGACAGAACCAGCUGGACUGUGUAAUGCUGUUUCUGUCGCGAGGAGUAGAUGUAAAUCUGAAGAACAAGGAUGGCGAGACUCCUUUGGACUGCUGUAGUAUAAAUUCCAAGAUGUGGACAAUCCUGAACACCAAUAAGAAGCUGACAGAUGCUCGGAGAGGCAGAGACAGCCUAAGUGAAAGACUCCUCUGCAGAGAUGUGUCCCGAGGCUAUGAAGACGUCCCUGUGACAUGCGUGAAUGGGGUGGACCAUGAGCCCUGCCCCAGCAACUUCAAAUACGUUCCAGAGAACUGUUUUACCUCUCAAGUGAAUAUAGACGAGAACAUAACGCAUUUACAGCACUGCAGUUGUAAAGAUGACUGUGCAUCAAGCAGCUGUAUCUGUGGCCAGCUCAGCAUGCGCUGUUGGUAUGACAAGGAUGGCCGCUUGUUGAAAGAGAUCUGCAGGGAUGAUCCACCCUUCCUGUUUGAGUGUAACCAUGCCUGUUCCUGUUGGAGAACAUGCCGAAAUAGAGUGAUACAGAAUGGCCUUCGGGUUAGACUGCAGGUGUUUAGGACUGAGAGGAAGGGCUGGGGGGUCCGAGCACUGCAGGAUAUUCAUGAGGGAACUUUCGUAUGCGAGUUUGCAGGUGAAAUCAUUUCAGAUGGAGAAGCUCAUGUUCGAGAAUAUGACUCGUACAUGUUCAACCUAGACAAUAAGGUUGGAGAGGUCUACUGCAUUGAUGCCCAGUUUUAUGGUAAUGUUAGUAGGUUUAUGAAUCACCUUUGUGAACCCAAUCUAUUCCCGGCACGGGUGUUCACCAAACACCAGGACAUGCGCUUUCCUCGAAUUGCACUCUAUGCAAGCAAGGCUAUUCAAGCUGGAGAUGAGCUUGGGUUUGACUAUGGUGAUCCCUACUGGCAAAUCAAGAAAAAGUACUUCCGUUGUCAGUGUGGCUCCGCAAAAUGUAGGUACUCGGAGACCAUUCUGGGCCAGAAUCACGCAGACAGCUUAGUUCAAGCUCUCGGUGAUCAGACCAUUGCUCAGGUGGAACACAUCCAGUCAGCUAACACAGCUAUAGCAAUAACUCAACCCUGAGCCCUUCACACGUACAACAGGAUAUGCUGAGAUCUUUAACGAAUAAAUACGAUCAGGAGUGCAACUCAUUAUUUCCUAAAUCUCAGCUUCAAGGAAGGACAAUUUGUGCAGAGAUACAGCAUCAUUUAUUUUAUCACCACGCUGUUGAGGGCAUUUGUAAUAAGACUGUUAAUCAAAGGUGUUUUGUGCCUUUUUUAUCUGAAUUUGUCUCACAAAGAUUUUAUUUGCUUAGGAUGAUGGUAAGGCUCCUUAAUUGUAUGAGAUAUAGGCACUACCAUAUUAGACUUUUAUACAUUUUUAAACAUAAACUGUUACAUACUUGGUAUAAAAAACAGGGUUUUUAGCUGAUUUUCAUAAGCAAAAACGAAAGUAGUAGUAGAACAGAUGGACAUGUUUUGCUGCCUUUUUUUUUACUCCAUGUCUUCUCAGGAGCAGAGAUCAGGGCUGUUUUCUAAUCAGUUUUUCCAUGUAGCCUAUUGAAAUUUCACUAUGAAAUGGUUACAGAAUUUUAAUAUCAUACCUGUGAUAAAUAAAGCUUUCAGUGAUGUUUUUAAUUAUUAAUUUGAUCAUAUGUAAUGUAGCUGUGGCCUAUCUGUCAGUCUCUCAUGCUGGACCAGUU